AAAAGAGGGAGCGUCGCCCCCUGCUAGUGUAUCAUACGUCCUUCUACUGCUGUUGUUUUUGGUCUGUACAUCGCAAUGCUCUCAUGUGAACCACGGAGCUCUUGAGAGCUUUGUCGCAUUUUUCAAUCUUCUCGACACGAUACACUGGUUUGUCCUCCGGCGAGGUCGCAGAACGUAUCCAAAACACGAACGAUAGACCGAGGUCAACGCGCAUUUCGUCAGUUGAACUGAAUGAGAUGGUUCUGCCUCGGCUAAGGCCCACCUUCUCGCUGCCUCCCACCGUCCGGCAGCUUCUUUCGUCCCAAAUUCCUUCUGGGUCGUCCGUGGAAGUGUCUGGUUGGGUCAAGUCAAUUCGAAAACAAAAGAACAUCGCCUUUGCAGUGAUUACCGACGGGAGUUUAGAGCAAGGACUACAGGCUGUCUUUCCUGAUGUUACCCAAGCCAAAGCUCUAACAAACGGAGUGAGCGUGCGCCUAGGCGGCACAAUCUCAGACAGCCCAGGGCGCGGGCAGGACAAGGAGCUGCAGGUCAGCUCCGUCGAGGUCGUAGGCGACUGCGACUCAGCGACAUAUCCCAUUCAAAAGAAAGCCUUGACGGUGGAGUACCUGCGCGACCACUGCCACUUCCGCGCCCGUACAGAUGCUAUCGCGUCCAUGCUCCGGCUACGAGACUCUGCAUCGCGCUCUUUGCACCAAUUUUUCGAGACGCACGGCUUCACCAACGUACACACGCCCAUCCUCACCUCGAACGACUGCGAAGGCGCAGGAGAGACCUUCCGCAUCGCGCCCACCUCCUCUCCCCUCACCUCCUCCUCACCCUCGCAUGUUCAGCCCGAGUUCUUCGGCCACCCCGCAUACCUGACCGUCUCCUCUCAGCUGCACCUCGAGGCGCUCGCCGCGUCGCUCUCGCGCGUGUACACCCUCUCUCCCUGCUUCCGCGCAGAGCGCUCCCAGACCAACCGGCACCUCGCCGAGUUCUGGAUGCUCGAGGCCGAGUGGGCGUUCACGCGUACCGUCGAUGAUAUCUGUGCGCUCGUCGAGGCUGCCGUGCGCACCACGCUCGCGGACUGCCGUGGCGCGUGUGAAGCUCUCGCGAAGCACAGCGAGCGGAAGGAGCUCCUGAACGAGCUUGAUAGCGCACAAGAAAGCGUAUGGGCCCGCAUCAGCUACACGGACGCGGUGAAGGAGCUGGAGGCGCACCACGCCGCUGCGCGCACGUUCGUGUUUGAGCCUGCGUUGGGCAAGGCGCUACAGAGCGAGCACGAACGCUGGCUCGCAGAGGAGGUCGUGCGCGGUCCCGUGUUUGUGACGGACUAUCCUGCGGAGCUCAAGCCGUUCUACAUGCGCGCGAACGAUGACGGCCAGACCGUAGCGUGUUUCGACCUACUCAUCCCACAUUUGGGCGAGCUGGUCGGGGGAUCUCUCCGCGAGGAGCGGUUGGAUCUCCUCGAACGUGCGCUGGAUCACCAUAAACUGUCGAGGGAGGAUUAUGAUUGGUAUGUGGAUUUGAGGAAGUUUGGAGGGGCGCCGCAUGGUGGGUUCGGUAUGGGAUUCGAGCGGUUGAUUAGCUGGAUGGGCGGGAUUGAUAAUGUACGAGAGUGUAUCGCGAUGCCGAGGUGGGCGGGGAGGAUGCUGCUAUAGCACGAUGCUUGCUUUAUUGAACGCGAUGGCCAGAUAGAGUCAACACAGUACAGCCAAUGUGCAUAUAUUGGUUGUAUGGGUUGACUGUAUACAACAUGAGUACAGACUAUACAAUACCAACACCAUGUAGAAGCUCCUCUGAGGAGUCGAGCAUGUAAUAAUCAUUAAGACCAGAUCCCGGCGACUACUCUCGUCCUCCACUUUCGUACCACAAGC